AUGUCGAACUACUACGGCGCACCCAACAACCAAGCAUACGGGCCCUCGUCCGCCCAGAACCUCCAGUUCUACCCCUCCACAUAUUCGCCCGGCGUCGGCGGCAGCGCACAACCGCAACAAGGAGGCUACGGUGGAUACGGAGCUCCCCCCGCGCAACAAGGCGCCGGCUAUGGCGUCUCCUCGGGUGCUGGAUUCAAUUCGGGCUUUGGCGCCGCGGCGGGGGUAUCGGGGCGCAUGGGUGAGCAGGGCGGCUUGAGGACGGGACUCUUGGCAGCCUUCUCUACCGAAGGUUACGAGGGUGAGCCGCCGCUGUUGGAGGAGCUUGGUGUGAACUGGGAUCAUAUAUGGACAAAGACACUCGCCGUGCUCAACCCCUUCAAGCGGAUAGAUCAGCACCUCAUGGACGACUCAGACCAGGCCGGACCGAUACUAUUCUUCAUCCUCUUUGGCUUCUUCCUGCUCUUCUCCGGCAAGCUUCACUUUGGCUACAUAUACGGCCUCGCCGCGCUGGGAUCCAUCGCCCUGCACCUCAUCCUCUCUCUGAUGUCACCCAGCGACGGACCCCACUCCUCCGCCCCCGGCGCGGCACCCCCUUACUCGUCCUCCCCCGCGUACCCGGACGCAUCGGGCUCCGCCGUGUCGGGCGGCGGCCCCGGUCAGCAGGCGGGGGGCCACCUGUCGAGCACGCUGACCAUAGGCCGCUCGGCGUCCGUUCUGGGCUACUGCCUGCUGCCGCUGGUGGGGACGUCGGCCAUUGGCGUCUUCGUGCCCAUGGACACGCCCUUUGGCAUCGUCCUGACCGCCUUUGCCAUCAUGUGGUGCACGUACAGCGCCUCGGGUAUCUUUGUCGCCGUCGGCCGCAUGCGCGGUAUGCGCGGCCUGGUCGCCUACCCGCUCGCUCUCUUCUACGUCGGCUUUGGCAUCAUGAGCAUCUUUAGCAGCCGCGGCAGUGGGUCCAUGGCCAAGCUGGCCGACGGUUCGUCUCGUGUUGCCGCAUGA